AUGAAUAAAGACAACCAUAGAUUUAGGAUUUACAACCCACAUCAACAUGAACGAGUAAGGAAAACGGAUGCGUCCAGAAAGAGCGACGGGAAAGAUAUAAAAGAUUAUGAAGCCAAAGAUGUUUAUGGGCCUCAAAUAACGGCUAAAGAUGGACCUCUUCUGGACAAACAUGACAGUUUCUACUUAACUACGAAAAGUUUGCUUGUACUAUUUCAAAUAAUGGGUGUCAUGCCCAUAAUGAGAGUAUCAAAAAAUGCCCAAACGACCAAGCGAACUACGUAUAAUUGGAUAUCAAAAGCGACAUUAUGGGCUUAUUUAGUUUGGGGUUUGGAAUGUAUUAUAGUAGUUAAAGUUGGCAAAGAACGUCUCGCGAAUUUCCAAAACAGUUCAAACAAGCGUUUUGAUGAAGUCAUCUACAAUAUCAUAUUUUUGAGUAUCCUCAUUCCACAUUUCCUUUUGCCUAUCGCAUCGUGGCGGCACGGACCUCAAGUGGCCAUUUUUAAAAAUAUGUGGACUCAUUACCAGUUAAAAUACUUGAAGAUCACAGGAACACCAAUUGUAUUUCCAAAUUUGUACUCACUGACAUGGGGUUUGUGCAUAUUUUCAUGGGCACUAAGCUUCGGUGUAAUAUUGUCGCAACAUUACUUACAAGAUGAUUUUGAAUUGUGGCAUUCGCUAGCUUAUUAUCAUAUUAUUGCUAUGCUCGAUGGAUUUUGUUCUCUAUGGUACAUAAACUGCAACGCGUUCGGCACAGCGUCCAGGGGAUUAGCGAUCAACUUGCACAAGGCUUUGGAGUCCGACCACCCGGCGCUGAAGUUGGCUCAGUACCGCCAUCUGUGGGUGGAUUUAUCGCAUAUGAUGCAGCAAUUGGGCCGUGCCUAUUCCAACAUGUAUGGAAUUUAUUGCAUGGUGAUAUUCUUCACGACUACUAUUUCGCUCUACGGUGCUCUUUCUGAAAUCUUAGAACACGGUCUGAGUUACAAGGAGAUGGGCUUGUUCGUCAUAGUUGCAUACUGCAUGACACUACUCUUCAUAAUUUGUAAUGAAGCCUAUCAUGCUUCUAGAAAGGUCGGCCUGGAGUUCCAAGUUCGCCUUCUGAACGUAAAUCUGGGCGUUAUCGAUCGAAGCACGCAACGAGAGGUUGAAAUGUUUCUAGUUGCCAUUGCUAAGAAUCCACCUAUUAUGAACUUAGAUGGUUUCACUAAUAUCAACCGAGAGUUGUUUGCUGCUAACAUAUCAUUCAUGUCGACGUAUCUCAUCGUACUAAUGCAGUUCAAAUUGACUCUUCUACGUCAAGGACCGCGAAAAGUUAUCAAGAAUUUGGUUAAAGCAAUAUUUAAUACAACAACAACACUCGCUGUUGAUUACGACGAUGAAGAGAACGAAGAAUAAUUGUUUUAAAUCCUUUGCCUAGAAGUGCACAAGCAGAUUGACUUAGUAAAAGCUUCAAAGGAACAAGAUGAAAAUUUUAAGCAAACUACGCCGUUCUAAAUUACUGCAUCUUCGCUAAUUAGUUUCUUGUUUGCAAAAUUAUGUAUGUACAUAGAAUAUAAGUUUAUAACCAUGGUCUUAUACAAAGGUAUUUAAAAUUAUGGAAUAAUUGCUUAAACUAGAGUACUUUCAAUCUAUAAACUAGGUUAUUAUCGUUUUUAAAUUUAACUUUUUUCACUUAGUAGGAUGAAGUAAUGAUAUAAAAUACCUUUAGUACACUUACUAUUUUAAAACUGAAUGGUUUGAACUCAGCAAUCCAUUAUUAAUGAUGGCAAACAGCAAUUUGCAAUUUUAAUGAUUACAUUAGUAGUAUUAGCAUUGGAACGCCAUUUAUUGUUUGGAUCGAUAUCUGAUAUUUAUAGUAAAUUUAGUAGAGCUGAUAGCACUUUUCAAUUAACAUAAUGAAAUUUUAAUGUGAGUUUUGAAAUAAUUGUUCAUUUAGUUGUAAUACCUGUGUGAAUACUGAGUUUAUUUAGCACAGACCUAUUUUCAUUCAAUUAUCAUAUUUAGUGCGGUGUUACCUUUCUUUGAUUUACGUUGUUUAAAAUAACAAACGAAAGGUCGGUUAAGUUAAUUAUAUUGAAAUUGUUUGAA